AUGCUUUAAAAAUAAAAUAAAGCUGAUGCUAAAUUAUCUUAAUAAAUUUUGAAAUUUUAAAAUAGUUCACUGCUGAACUUCCAACAUCGUAAAUUAGAAUAAUUUAAUACAUUUUUAGAAUAUACAAAUUGCAAAGAACUAUUAUCAAAUUUAGGAUUAUGUACUUAGAAAUUUACUCAAAGUGAAUAUUAGGAAUAAACAAAUAGUUUUUUCAUUAAUAACUUAAUUAUAAUAAAUAAGAAUAUUAAUUGA